UGUGCAGAUCCUAGCGGGACGAGUCGCUCCGAAGAAACCCAACAGUCUGACCUACGAAGAAGUAGUUGCAACACUGAAUGAAUAUUUCGACCCAAAGCGCCACGAGAUCACCGAAAGCUUCCGGUUCUUCAAUCGAUGUCAGCACGAAGGGUCACCUAUUCUUCACAUGACUGCGGAAGCCGGAUCGCCAACGAGUCUCCCGGCCGCGGACGACAUCGCCAACAAGUUUCAAGACGUCUUCAGUGCGGAACUCGGCUGCAUCAGCGGUCCCCCUGUACACCUUCAACUCAAGGAGGGAGCUACACCAAAGUUCUAUCAUCAGCCGCUCCUGGGCCUGCUGAAAGCGGACAAGCCUACGCCGGCGUUGGCCGCAGCCCGAAUACAGCGCUGGGCUCUCUACCUCGGUGGAUUUCGCUACAAACUUCAGUAUUCGCCCGGGUCAACCCAGGAGACGGAAGAGUGGACACUGCCGCCCGACACAGCCGUGUACGCCCGUAACUACGGCCAGGGGGAGAAAUGGACACCAGGGAAAGUGCAGUCCACUACAGGGUCACGCGUGGUCACCAUACAAACGCUUACUGGGGUGGUUCGACGUCACAUAGACCAAGUGCGUUCCAGGCCGAGCCCGGCAUCCGCUCGGAGCGGCGUUCGAGACCAAGACGAGGGGAGCUCUUCGGCUGCAGCUGCGCCCGCACCGACCGACAACGAAGGCGAUUUGAAAGAGCAGCCUACAGACCAGGUGGCGCCGGCACAAGCGUCGCCGCCUAUCCAGAAGGCGCAGAAACCCCCUCAAGCUUUGCGACGAUCUACUCGGGAAAGGAAGCCUGUACAGCGCCUUCAAUACUAA